UCUUGCCCAACCGCGCAGCCUGAAAGAACCCACGCCCAGGAGUGUCACUCCAGUCAGCGGGCCUGGACGUCUCUGGAGAACAGUCCUGUCCGCCGCGGGCCAGGCAUCGAGGGGACAUCGGAGUCUCUUCACACGGCUCGAGGUGUCCUCAUGACUUCUCUGGCAGACCAUGCCCAUGAUCGUUUUUGCCAGCAUAGUACGGGUGAGGGAUGGGCUGCCCCUCUCAGCCUCCACUGACUUCUACUACGCCCAGGAGUUUCUGGAAUGCAGGAGGCAGCUCAAGGCCUUAGCCCAGAGGCUGGCUCAGCAUCCAGGCCGAGGUUCUGCAGAAAGCCGUGACUUCCAUAUCUAUUUCUCGUCGUCGGGGGACGUGGCCUGCAUGGCCAUCUGCUCGCGCCAGUGCCCGGCAGCCAUGGCCUUCUGCUUCCUGGAGACUCUGUGGUGGGACUUCAUAGCUUCCUAUGACGCCACACACAUCGGCCUGGCCUCCCGGCCCUACGCUUUUCUUGAGUUCGACAGUGUCAUUCAGAAAACAAAGUGGCAUUUUAACCACAUGAGCUCCUCCCAGAUGAAGAGUGGCUUCGAGAAGAUUCAGGAGGAGCUUGAGCUCCAGCCUCCCGCACUUCUGUCCCUGGAGGGCACAGACGUGGCCAAUGGCGUGCCGAAUGGCCACACCCCAGUGCACGCCGAGUCUGCUCUGAAUCUCCGGAUGGAGCCGGUGACGGCGCUGGGCGUCCUCUCCCUCGUGCUCAACAUCAUGUGCGCUGCCCUGAACCUCAUCCGCGGAGUUCACCUUGCAGAACACUCCUUACAGAUCGCCCAGGAGGAAGUUGGGAACAUCCUGGCCUUCUUCGUCCCUUCUGUGGCCUGCAUCGUCCAGUGUUACCUGUACCUGUUCUAUAGUUCAGCCAGGACUCUGAAGGUGGUGCUGAUGCUGGCCUUCAUCUGCCUGGGCAACGUGUACCUGCACGGGCUGAGGAACACCUGGCAAAUCCUCUUUCACAUAGGAGUGGCUCUUCUGUCUUCGUAUCAGACCCUAACCAGACAGCUGCAGGAGAGGCAGUCUGACUAUGGAGUGUGAGGACAGCAUUAUGCAGUG